GUGUGGAACAAUCUAGGCAGCUCAGGAUAGAUGGUCGUGCUCAGGCACUGAAACGUGGUCAGAUUCUUCUGGUCCCCAUCCACAGGAUCCAAGAUGAACAGAACAGCAAAGCAAUAUUCAAAAUGGGUGGAAAGACGAUCCGCUGUUAUAUACGCCAUCCGCACGGCCACUUUCACCAGCUGGAAGAUGCUGACGCUGGGCGCCGAGUACAACUCCUGGUCCCAGAGCUCCGUGAGGCCGGACAGGAACGGACCCCGGAGCCCUGCGGCGGGAAACGGCUCCGACACCGACGGGCUCUCUGCGGCAGCCCGGCCUCGCUGGAAGCAGAAGGACGAGAAAGAGGCGGUGGAUGAGGAAGAGGACGUGGAGGAGGAGACGCCGCAUUUCUACAGCGCGGUGAUCAAACUCGAGCGCCUCGCCGAGCAGCGAGCAGCCGCGCGCGACGGCAAGCAGUUUUCCCGCCCGAUUGGAAGCCGCGUGCCAGGCGCCGUUUCCACCGAGCUGGAGGGCGCGAAAAGGGGCGGCGCGUGCGAUCUCGUGGACGCGCACGAGGCGCUCCAAGCGGACCUUGCAGGCGCUGCGCGGCCCUGGACCAGCAGAAUGGCUCGUUUCGGAGAUGAUCUCCCCACACGAUAUGGAGGCGGUGGUCCGGGGGGCUCCGGGAGAGGAGCUGCCCGCCAGGGUGGUCCCCCAGGCGGCCAGAGGAUGUACAAGCAGUCGAUGGCCCAGCGAGCCAGGACGAUGGCCAUAUACAACCCUAUACCUGUCAAACAGAACUGCUUCACUGUCAAUCGCUCCCUCUUUAUCUUUAGCGAAGACAAUGUGAUACGGAAAUACGCCAAAAGAAUCACCGAGUGGCCAUAUCCUUUGACACUGUUUUACAUGAUCCUGGCCACCAUCAUCGCUAACUGCAUCGUCUUGGCCCUGGAGCAGCAUCUGCCCGCCAAUGACAAGACUCCCAUGUCAGAGCGCCUGGAAGACACGGAACCGUACUUCAUUGGAAUAUUUUGUUUCGAGGCUGGCAUUAAGAUCAUCGCCUUGGGCUUCGCCUUCCACAAAGGCUCCUACCUCCGCAAUGGCUGGAAUGUAAUGGACUUCGUGGUCGUUCUCACUGGGAUUCUGGCCACCGUGGGCUCGGACUUUGAUCUGCGGACCCUGAGGGCGGUUCGCGUGCUGCGGCCUCUCAAACUGGUGUCAGGGAUUCCCAGUAAGUGA